AAUUUGAAGGAGCUGAAACGCGGGGGCGCGGCCAAGAAGCUGGAUCCUUCGCGGUUUCCUCGGCUGCCUGGGCCUGUUGAGUCCAGUGAUCAUGCCUAUCCGUGCACUAUGCACCAUCUGCUCUGACUUCUUCGACCACUCGCGCGACGUGGCCGCCAUCCACUGCGGCCACACCUUCCACCUGCAGUGCCUCAUCCAGUGGUUCGAUACAGCGCCCAGUCGGACCUGCCCACAGUGCCGAAUCCAGGUCGGCAAGAGAACCAUCAUCAAUAAGCUCUUCUUUGACCUUGCCCAGGACGAGGAGGGCGUCCUAGAUGCCGAAUUCCUAAAGAAUGAACUGGACAACGUCAGGGCCCAGCUGUCCCACAAAGAGAGGGAGAAACGGGACAGCCAGGACAUCAUCGACACGCUGCGGGCCACACUGGAUGAACGCAACGCCACCGUGGAGUCUCUGCAGAGGGCCCUGGACGAGGCCGAGAUGCUGUGCUCCACCCUCAAGAAGCAGAUGAAGUUCCUGGAGCAGCAGCAGGAUGAGACCAGACAAGCACGGGAGGAGGCCCGCCGGCUCAGGGGCAAGAUGCAGACCAUGGAGCGGAUCGAGCACCUACUCAAGAGCCAGCGGCCUGAAGUGGAGGAGAUGAUCCGAGACAUGGGCGUGGGCCAGUCAGCGGUGGAGCAGCUGGCUGUGUACUGCGUGUCCCUCAAGAAAGAGUACGAGAACCUGAAAGAGGCGCGCAAGGCCUCCGGGGAGCUAGCAGAGAAGCUGAAGAAGGACUUGUUUUCUUCCAAAAGCAAGUUGCAGACGGUCUACUCGGAGCUGGACCAGACCAAGCUGGAGCUGAGGUCGGCCCAGAAGGAUUUGCAGAACGCUGACAAGGAAAUCGCGAGCCUGAAGAAGAAGCUCACGAUGCUGCAGGAAACCCUGAACCUGCCGCCGGUGGACAGUGAGACCGUGAACCGCCUGGUUUUAGAGAGCCCGGCCCCGGUGGAGAUGCUGAGCCUGAAGCUGCGGCGGCCGGCCUUCAGCGACGAGAUCGACCUCAACGCCACCUUCGACGUGGAUACGCCCCCCGCCCGGCCCGCCGGCGUUCGGCAUGGCCACGCCAAGAAGCUCUGCCCAGAGACGGCACACUCUCCCACGCAGGACGCUCCCAAGAAGGUGCCCAAAGGCUGCAGGCAGGAGACGCAGCUCUCGCUGGGCGGCCAGCGCUGCGCGGGAGAGCCUGACGAGGAGCUGGCCGGCGCCUUCCCGCUCUUCAUCCGGAACGCCGUCCUGGGCCUGAAGCAGCAGCCCAAGAGGGCCCGGGCAGAGCCCUGCCGCGGCACGGACGCGGUCCGGACGGGCUUCGACGGUCUCGGAGGCCGGACAAAAUUCAUCCAGCCCACGGACACAACUGUGAUCCGCCCGCUGCCCGUGAAGCCCAAGGCCAAGGCGAAGCGGAAAGCGGGGGCCAGGAAAGGGCUCCCUCCCUCCCAGGCCAAGCUGGACACUUUCCUGUGGUAGAGAGGACAGUGCGUCUGACCGAUGGCCACAUGGGUGCUUCUGACUUGUACGUCCAAGACUGGCUCAGCGGGGGUUUGCGGGGCAGGGCCCCCCCUCCCACCAGUCCAGGACCAGCCCCGAAGGCAGUGGUGGACAGGAGGGUGGGGCCGGGGGCAAGGCCCGGAGGGUGUGCCUUCCCGCAGCGCGCCCUGGCCCACCCCGCCACGCUGGGCCUAGCGGUCACUGCCGCCGCCGGCAGGGCUUGCUCCUUGCUGUGGGCCCCUAUUUAUUGCCCGGCCCACCUGGCAGGCUGCUUCGGGUCGCCCAGACCGGUCGGCGGUGCGGACCAAGGUGCUCAAGGCUGCCAGGCAGCUUCGGCCUGCCCGGGCUUCCGCCUGCUCCGGCUUCUCGCUGGGCAGGGCCUGGGCUGAGCAGA